AUGCCUCCUGUCUACGACGCAACAGUCCUCUCGGAGGCCUGGUUCUCCAUGGUGGCUUAUCCUUGCGAGCAGUCUUCAGGGGAAUACACUGAGCAACCAGGGAGGCGACAGGCCAUCACCGAGGAGCUGAACCGCAAGCUCUCCAACCGCGUCCUGUACUCGGUGGGCCUGUGUAUCGCGCUGCACGACAUUGUGAAACUGGAGGAGUCGUUCAUCCUGCCCGGAGACGGCGCCUCGCACAGUCGCACCACGUUCCGGUACGUGGUGUUCCGGCCGUACGUCGACGAGGUGCUCACAGGGAGAAUCAAGAGCUGCAGCAGCGACGGAGUGCAAGGUAGCCG